CAGGCGAUGCACUGGUCGGGGCGGGGCUGCUGGUCCAACAGGAAAACUAAAGAAAGAUGGCUGCGAUCAGAAAGAAACUGGUGAUCGUCGGCGAUGGAGCCUGUGGAAAGACAUGUCUCCUCAUAGUGUUCAGCAAGGAUCAGUUCCCUGAGGUCUACGUCCCCACCGUGUUUGAGAACUACGUGGCCGAUAUUGAGGUGGAUGGUAAACAGGUGGAGCUGGCUUUGUGGGACACGGCAGGUCAGGAGGACUACGACCGCCUGAGGCCCCUCUCGUAUCCAGACACAGACGUCAUCCUCAUGUGCUUCUCCAUCGACAGCCCCGACAGCUUAGAGAACAUUCCAGAGAAAUGGACUCCAGAAGUCAAGCACUUCUGUCCCAACGUCCCCAUCAUCCUAGUGGGAAACAAGAAAGACCUCCGAAACGACGAGCACACGCGCAGAGAGUUGGCCAAGAUGAAGCAGGAGCCCGUGAAGUCGGAGGAGGCGAGGGACAUGGCAAACCGCAUCAACGCCUUCGGCUACUUGGAGUGCUCGGCCAAGACGAAGGACGGCGUGAGGGAGGUGUUUGAGAUGGCCACCAGGGCAGCCCUCCAGGCCAAGAGACGGGGGAAGAAGAGUGGCUGUGUCCUGCUAUAGAGAGGCAGGGCAGGGAGGGAGUCUGCUGCGUAACCGCGGCAGGCUGGUCUCAAUUUGAUGGGGGUGAGUGGGGAGAAAAGAGGUCAAAUCAGGCCAAAUGGGAAAAAAGGAAGAAAUUUAACUGCAGAAAAAGGGAGAUUAUACAAAGAAGCCCACGGUCAUAUAUUUUAAGUCUCAAAUUUAAAAAAUAUCUUCGUUUAGGAUUCAUUAGACUUGUAUUUAUGGUCGGGUCCAUCUUUAGAAGAGACCACCGCUGUUCCCAUGCGGCAUCUUUCUGUUACAUGAUACAAUAUGGGUCGGACCUUUUGGUCUUCUUCUGAGUUACGUCAGAGAUACUGAUGCAUUUUUUGUACUUUAUCAGAUGAGGCUCCCAGCAUGAACCAGUAACUACACUGGGAUGUAAAGAUGCUGCGUAGGUGUCAUCGACAGGAUUUUCACCAGUAGCCACAGAUGUUGAAAGAUUUUAUUUAAAAAUGAGUAAAACUACCAGCAGCAGCUGUAUCUUUGUCUGACAACGACGAAGCAAGCUUAUAAAUCCAGGCUGUGGUCAUCCCAGGAGGUUAAACUUUCCUCAGAUUGGUUGUGGUGUCAUAGCUUCUGUUUUGUUGUUUACGUUGCAUCAGGAUAAGGGGUUAAAAGUAGCCGGCUGGCGCUGUGACCACCCUGAGGUGGUAUUACCUCCUGUGGGAAACAAAAUUCCUCCCUCCCUCAUGGAGCUGUGUCCAGCCCUGCAGUACCAUGACAUAGAAACAGGCCUGUGGAUGUAUGCCUGCCUCAUUACCUGUUGAAGGCUGUGCUUGCGUCAGUGCAUCCUUCAGGAGAUGAGGCGUCCUCUGAACAGACGCCAUGAAACGAUCAUAGAGGUUAAUGGCUUGUUCUGUAGGUUUUCCAUUUUCCUUUGAUUUCCCUGCAGAUACACAAAUCACCUUUUAUAUGGACCUGCUUUUCUCUUUUAUGAAGCUAUAGUAUGCUAAAACACAUGAUGGAUAAUCAAAGUAAUUGAGUUUAACGUGGUUUUUAACCCAGAAAUCGAUGGGGUUUAAUUGAUGUGGACCGUUGAGCCCGACCGAGGCCAGAUUUACUGCAUAAAUGGUUCUGAGAUGACUUCUGGCCUUUCUUCGUACCGUAUACUGCAUUUAUAAUAGUGCAGUGCUUUUUCGAGGGGAUUGUAAUCGAGAUUAUUUUCUGUAGCUAGAAUUUACUAAUGUCACCUGAACCUGUCACAAGCAGGCGGUCCAUAAAUGUCUCACAUGCAAGCAGUUUUACUACAAAAAUGUGGCGACCACUUCUCCAACCCUCGUGUCCUCAGCAGCUCGCCUGAAAGCUGAGGUGGAUUAGAUCAAAGGGUUGUUGUGGAAAAGCGAAGAGCACAAUGCAUUUGUCCUGUAGCUUGUUCCAAGUGAGAUAUUUAUGUGCAUAUAUUCAUCAAAGGGAAAAUGGCGUGCAUUAACAUUCACAAACUGAUCAGAAGCUACUUAGCUGCAACAUGAUCAGCUGGAUAACCUGUGAUGACAUCAUCUCUGAGGUUAUGUCCUUGACAGACCAAGAUCAGCUGAUCAGUUAAUCAGUCGGGUAUUAAAGAGUGUUUUUUACUCCAGACAAUUCUUGUAAAUUGUCAAACAUAAGGGGGGUGGGGGGUCUUACUUUACCUUCAGAACAGAAAACCUGCUGUUUUAAGUGAAGCUGGGUUUUAUUUGAGGCAAACAGGUGUCUUCAGUAGUAUUUUAGUUACAACCCUCAAUGUUUUCCCAUCUGCUUCUGUCUUGACAGAUUCAGUAAAAUGUAGAUUUCCCAAAUACAAGUUGGGAGAAAAUGAAACAGGAACAAAAACCCGAAAAGUGGAAGUGACUGGAAACAACCGGUGAAAGACGGCAGUUGUUCUUUCCAAGAGACGCUGCGGCGUCGUUGUGAGGGAACGUACAUGAUACUGAGUUUGAUUGCGUGAGACUCGCCGUUCUGUGGCUCCGACAUUAUUUAAAAGGAAGCUUUGAUUUGAACAUUUAUUCGCACAUACUUUUCUGUGUUGUACUCCACCGUAUGUUACUUAACUUCAUGUGAUAUUCUACUGGCUUACAUUCAGCGAGAGGUCAGUGUUGUGUUCACUUUAAAAACGUAACCUUGAACUCUGCAACGCAAGCAGCUCCUACAAGAUUGGUUGUGAGAGAAAUGUUCUUUUAUAUACAAACGAUUCUUCCAAGAUUCUGCCUUUUGUCUUUUUAAUGUAUUCUACAGGAAAUAAAUUUAACAGAGAAUGACCAAA